AUGAUCCUUCGCGUACCCCCAUGGGUCGUGUGGGACCUUCAUAGCCCCAGUCUCAAAUCCGAACAGAUCUCUGAGAACAAAGAAGUCAAGCGUUGGGUCGACAACUACCUCGGCGUCGGUGAAUGGGUCAUGGAUCAGUCCGUGGCUGUCAUGGGCUCCUCCAGCUGGUUUGAGCGGAGACGGUGA